AGACAAAGGGGGCGGAUGAAUUUGGCUGCUGCCCAGUGUAAUGUUUAUGGCUCAAAUAUUAAAAUGGAGUUGAUGAAACCGGUGGAGGAGAUAAUAAACGUGUCUGAGUGACCUUGAAACAGCCUUCAAGACGACAAAGCCAUGGGGAAUACAAGCAGUGAGAGGGCUGCAAUGGGCCAUGGGGAGAAGGCUCAGAGGAGAGACAGCCGGGGAAUCAAAGAGGGAGAAAGGCCCAAAAUUUUGAUGGAUAGCCCCGAGGAUGCAGAUAUUUUUCAUGGAGAAGACAUGAAGGCUCCUUUAGAGAAAGAGGAGUUUCUUGCAUGGCAGCAGGACUUAGAUGCGGAAGACAAAGGACCGACUUUAGAUCGACCAACAGUCUUUCGGUGGACUGGUGAUGGAAAAGAGGUCUACAUCUCUGGAUCUUUCAACAACUGGGCCAACAAAAUCCCUCUUACAAGAAGCCUGUUAUAACCAGUACCCUUGGCACAGUCAACAAUAUCAUCCAGGUGAAGAAAACUGACUUUGAGGUGUUUGAUGCUCUGAUGGUGGAUUCACAGAAAUCCUCUGAUGUUUCAGACCUCUCCAGCUCUCCUCCUGGGCCGUACCACCAGGAUGCUUAUGUUGCUAAACAGGAUGAGAAGAUUAAGUCUCCACCUAUACUUCCCCCUCACCUCCUCCAGGUCAUUCUGAACAAAGACACUGGGAUUUCUUGUGAUCCUGCAUUACUUCCAGAGCCCAACCAUGUUAUGCUCAACCAUCUUUAUGCUCUUUCUAUAAAGGAUGGUGUGAUGGUACUUAGUGCGACACAUCGCUAUAAGAAGAAGUAUGUCACCACUUUACUGUAUAAGCCCAUCUGAUUGCAAGACAUUCCAGCCCUGUGUGCUACACUGAGUAUGCAAAAUAUUACCUCUGUUUUUUUUUUUUUUUAAUCAUGAAAUUGAGACCAGGCAAGCUCAGCUUUAUACCUCUCUCAUUUUAUCUGUUGGUGAAGUUGUGUUGAAGGAGAUGGAGGCUAGAAUGAUUUAGCUUUAUAACAUUGUAAAAUUAAUUUCUAGGAAUAAAAUAGAAAUGGUGCUUAUUCUCUAAAAUAUUAAGUUUGAGAUUGUAUAUAAAGUAGGACUCGAUGGUACAUAUAAAAAGGCCAAAACAAAAGAACUAACAGAUUUAUAAAGAUGUCUUAUGGGAUUCUGAUUUUUUUUUAGCAUUACAAUUAAUAUUCGAAACUUUGGACACAMCAUGCCUAAACUGUCAAACUUUGAAAAACUUAUUGCACCUAUUUUUAUUUAUUUAUUUUUUAAGGUAAAUAGUCAAAUACAUUGGUCUGUCUAAUACAAGAACAUGUUCAGUGGUGCUUGAAAAUUACACAACUCUAAUAAUAAAAUACCCAACUUUUUUUCUGUACUCAAAGUAGCUGGUGCAACGUGAUGUAUAUGUGUAAGGAGGGUAAGUAAGACAAAUGUCAGUUAUUUAGGUGUAAUUAUUUUAAGAAAAAAGGGUUGUCAGUGCCUACUCUCUGUGGUUGCAUGAAGAUAUUAUUCUGCAUCAGUCUCACUUGCUGCAGAGUGAAGGAUUGAGGGCACUUAACRAACUUUAAUUCUUCAACACUGUAGAGAUUUUGAAGAUGAUGUCAUGUGACGAUCGAAUUCUGAUUGAUUUCAAAGUUAACACUGACUGACAAGUUUGUUUCAAAGAGAAUGAGCGUAAAUAAGGAUUUUAAAAGUAAAGAUGUGCAUUUAAAAACAGAUUUUUGGUCCAUAGUGACUUGAAACAUGCUUGUUACUGCCUCUAAGUGGCAGAAACACAUUAUGACAAGUAGGUUUGCGUUUGCAGAGCAGCACCCCAGGACAGAUGCAGAAACAGCUAUAAUCCUUAAAGAAGUUGGGAUGAAGUCUUUAAAAAUAAAUAGAUUGUGUAUACUGGUCAACUUGCUAAGCUCACCCGCAGACCAAUAUGCGUAACAUUUAGUGAGGCCAUAAAAACAAAAUUAAAAAAAAAUAAUUCUGCAAAGCUUCUUAACAUACUAAAUGUCUGACGGGGCUGCAAGGAGAAAAUUACUUCCCUUCAGAUUAAACUUGGCUGUCUAGACACAGUUUGUUUAAUAUGAUUCUGACAAGUCAGAAGACUUUGGGAAAAUAAAAACUUUUUUUAUAAAUGUCAAGUUAAUAGAAAUAUGAAUUGUUUUGUUUAGAGGAAUGACAUGGCCUUUUUUAAUUAAAUCUGGAUACAACAAACAAACGCUACAACAUGUGUUAAAAAUGUGAUAGUUUAGAAGAAAAAGAGCAAAUUAAAGUCUGCACAAUUUUCAAGCACUACUGAUCACUGCUUUGUACACUCUACAUAUCCAGAUACUCUGCACUUCUAUUUAGGAUAGUAAAAGUUACAAUUAUUCCACUCUGUUAUCUGUUUCUUUUAGUUUCCAACCUGCCCUCUACACCUUUUUUUCAAAAGCAAUACAUUUGCUUGUAGAACACAGGCAAUAAUGACUUUUUUGACUGAAUCAGGAGAGUAAAUGUAAAAGUUGAUAGUGCUGACAAAAUAUGACUGAAAGACCUUUGUAUGAGUAAGGCCACUGACAUUUCAACUACAAUUGUGAGGGUGAAAGCACUACAAUCAAGAAUGUGAAGGUUCAAGACUGAAAAUAUACACUGCAGUAGGUUCUUUUGUCUUUCUCUUUUCUAUUUAUAUUGAGCUGUACUGAAAUGGAUUGAGAACUUUUUAGGAUUUAUUUUAUGAAGUACUGAAUAAUAUAUCUUUUCAUAUCCAUUAUGAUGUGGUUUAUUAUAUGUAAAGCACUUUUUUUCUUUUGAAGUUGGCUGCAGUGUCUGGUAUAAACCAUUCCAGUCAAGACAGAAGAUUGUUUUGUUUAAAAUUCAAUUGGUGCACUUACAUUCUGACAGUGAAUUGGUUGAAUAUGACUGAACUUUAAUGAGUUCUUAGGCAGUAGAUGUAACAUUGCACUGAUAAUUAAAUGUUUUCACAUUAUGAUUUUGUUCAAUAACACUUGACGUUAAUUCUUGCUGACUUUGUUAGUGAAGCAUUAUUUGUUUGUGUCAUAGCACAUUGCCAGUCUUUAGAAGCUUUAUUACAGUCAAGUGAUGUUUCCUGAGUCCAUGAUUGGUCUAAAUGGGAAAGUAUGUCUAAAACCAAAGUGAAAGCACUGAUUGGAAGAGGACCAGGUGAUUAUUUGAUACAAUUAUUAGUCUUUAUUUUUUAUCAGUUUUAAAAAGCUUCAAAUGGUAGUUAAUUUUACUUAACCACCAUUAUUAUAUUAUUACUAAAUCAAGAAAAAUGGGUCAGAUUUUUUAAAAUCGGAUAAGGACUCUUUACUUUAAUGGCGAUUAUUCUUAUUCUAAAUAUUUGUUUGGGCCAGAAGAGGCUGAGUUUUCAUUUGUGUUAGAUGUUGUGCUCUUAGUACUGACAUUGUAAUACUUGAAGUAAAUGUAGAUUUUUUUUUUGUAAUUAAAAGAGUCGUCAUACCUUUGUGAGUUUCCCUACAGUGUAGUUAUUUGAAUGGUCCAAUAAAGCUAAAUGACAGGUGCAGAAAAAGCUUUUUUCUUUGUUGCAUUACAUGUCAAGAACCAGCACUGUAGGAAGUGUUUUAACAGGAAUGCUUUUUGAGACACGAGCUUAAACAGAAUUUCUGACAAAAAAGUUUAAAUGAACUUAGAAAACUGUUGUAUUGGUUUUCCAAUACUUUUAUUUUGAAAAUUGGCAUAAUAUGAGCCCUUUUAAAAUGCUGUUAACCAUUUAUACCACAUUUUGUAUGUGUUAAGACAUAAGUUUCAAAUUCCAUAUUGCUGUUUGUUUUAUUCAUGGCUAAAAUACACUGAUUAAUAGAUUUUAGGUUCCAUUUAGCUGAAUCAGCUUUUGUUUUUCAUGCCAUAUGUCAUUUGAAAAUGUGUGUACACUGCCUCACAUCACCUUCAAUAAAUCUGCAGAUAUUGUAACAGCA